AUGGCUGCCGUCCAAGAGCUGGCCGAGCGCCUCAAGAGCGACGAUAAGGUCUACGUAGACACAGACGCCGGCGCAGACGAUGCCGCCGCCGACGGCUCCGAGGCCAAGCCCUUCAAGUCGCUGGCCUACGCCUACAUCCAGCACAUCGACAAGCCCGCCCCGCACUACCAGACCCGCGCCUCCGUCACGGGCCCUGUCGGCCCCGACGAGGACCCCUCGGUGCGCCUGCUGUGGAAGGACCCGGCCAAGAGCGCCGUCAAGAAGGCCGACGGCGCCGUCGCCGCCCACAAGAAGAAGCUCCAGAAGCAGGCGCAGGCCGCCGUCGAGGAGGAGAAGCAGCGCAAGCAGCGCCUGGCCAACCUCGACGAGGCCAAGAAGAUCGUCCUGAAGGAGGACCCCGCCCUGCCCAAGGCCCUCAAGAUCAAGAUCGGCCGCAAGGACAUCGACCUCGGCGAGGGCGAGACCAAGGGCACCCGCGUCAAGGUCAUGGGCCGCAUCCACCGCCUGCGCCCCCAGAAGCAGGCCACCUUCAUCACCCUGGUCGACGGCUACGGCCACCUCCAGUGCGUGCUCCAGGCCGGCGACCUGACCAAGACCUACGACGCCCUGACCUUUGCCCAGGGCACCUCGCUGGCCCUGUACGGCGAGAUGCGCAAGGUCCCCGCCGGCCAGAGCGCUCCCGACAACCGCGAGCUCCACGUCGACUACUACCAGGUCCUGGGCGCCUCGCCGAGCGACGACGACGCCAUCACCAACCGCGUCUCGGCCCAGCAGAACCAGUGGGACCCCCAGAUGCUGGACCAGCGCCACCUGGUGCUCCGAGGUGACAACGCCGCCGGGCUCAUGAAGAUCCGGGCCGCCGUCGAGCGCGCCUUCCAGAAGGUCUACGACGACCUGGAGCUCACCAAGGUCGCACCCCCGGCCCUGGUGCAGACCCAGGUAGAGGGCGGCGCCACCCUGUUCAGCGCCCCUUACUACGACGAGACCGCCUACCUCACCCAGUCGUCCCAGCUCUACCUCGAGACCGUCCUGCCCAGCCUGGGCGAUGUCUACUGUAUCGAGAAGUCCUUCCGUGCCGAGAAGAGUUUGACCCGUCGCCAUCUCUCCGAGUACACGCACGUGGAGGCCGAGCUGGACUACAUAGACUUUGACGACCUCCUGGCCCACUUGGAGGAGGUCAUCUGCCGCGUCAUCGACAUCGUGCUCGAGAACCCCACCAUCGCUGCCCUCCUGAAGGAGCUCAACCCGACCUUCGUGAAGCCCUCGCGGCCGUUCCUGCGCAUGAAGUACACCGACGCCAUCGAGUGGCUCAACAAGCAGGACCCGCCCAUUCUCAACGAAGAGGGCAACCCGCACGUCUUCGGCGACGACAUCGCCGAGGCUGCCGAGCGCAAGAUGACCGACGCCAUCAACCGCCCCAUCUUCCUUACCCACUUCCCCGUCGAGAUCAAGGCCUUCUACAUGAAGAAGGACCCGUCCGACCUGCGCGUCACCGAGAGUGUCGACUGCCUGAUGCCCGGCGUCGGCGAGAUUGUGGGCGGCAGCAUGAGAAUGGAGGGCUACGAGGAGUUGAUGCAGGCCUACAAGAACCAGGGUAUUGACUCCAAGGACUACUACUGGUACACUGACCAGCGAAAGUACGGAACCUCCCCCCACGGUGGAUACGGUCUUGGUCUCGAGCGUUUCCUGGCUUGGAUCGCUAACCAGCACACCGUCCGAACGACAUGUCUGUACCCCCGUUUCAUGGGCCGUUGCAAGCCUUAA